UUGUUUCGAUAAAACAGUUUUCUGUAUAUAAAGAGGUUUAUAUAUAAAGAGUCAAAUUUAGUUGGGUUUUGGUGUUACAAGAAAAUACCACAAGUAUGAAACAGCCAAAGCCAAACUUAAACGAUCCAAGAGAACAACGUUUUGACGAGAGACAGGCUUUUGAGAUACGUUACUUAAGCGAGAAAAUGGAAAAGUUGGAGCAGGAAAAUGAAGGUUUGAAAAAAAAAGUUGCUGAUCGUGAUGCGGUUAUACAAGCGUUAAAGAUCAAGCAUCAAAAGAUGUGGUAUCAAAACAAUGAAACAAUGGAAGUUCAAGGAGAAUGCGAAAGCCGUUUGCUGCAGGUUAUAUUGGGCACGGAACAGCAGACGUAUCCCGACGAGAACGUUUAUGUUCAAAUUCAAGAUACAAAAUAUGACACAAGAGUUACAAAUAUCUCUCCAACAACCAGUUCCCGAGAAACUGAAAUAGAAGCUGAUCGUCAUGCAAGGUUAGCUGCUAAUGACUUUUCAAUAUUAAGCAUAUUAUCAAAAUUACUCGACAGGCCGCCUACAGUAUCCAGUCCUGCUGCUCCUGAGGCUGUAUUAACCGAAGAACGAAGUCUACAAAUGGCAGAUGGUGACCAGAAUCCGUCUACACUGCCUGGUCCUGUGGAAUCGCUUGGAAAUCAUCACCGCCAAAUUCAACCAGCAAACGGCGAUUUUGCUUCGUCUAUUGUAAAUAUGUCGAGUGAGAUGGAAUUCCGAGCCCUAUCUUUCUCUGAUUUUCCAACAGAUUCGAAUACCAGCUUAGAUGAAUCAAGUGGAUUACGGAAGAAGGUUGUGCGCGCUUGGCGCAAAACACUCAACAAAGGAAGUUACGACAUAUAAUUGUAAACACCUGAUGCUGCUGCUGGUUACGCAAAACUUGUAUUGUACAAAAUGAUAUACAACGAGUCAUAUGAUGUAGUAUAUAACACUACAAUUACCGCUUCUUGUGUAUGUAUUAUUGUAUUAAGACAGUUGACAACCUUUGUAUAUAUUCCUUUGGACGUUACGAAAUUAUGUUACAUAAACUCAUUAAACAAAAUAUAAAUUUAAAGGGCCUAAACACACCCCAAAUGUACUUCGCUUUAAUCGAUAGAGUGUGUUUUUC